UAACUCUGAGGAGCAUGAUGUACUAGCGAAGGCCGAGGCUGUCCGGGCACAGUAUAAGAAGGCCUGUGCCCUCUUGAAGAUAUCCUCAGUGAAUCCAUAUGAUGCAGGAGUCUCAUUUUGAUUUUGAUGACCCAGCAAUGACUUCAACAAUAACCAAAAUCAGAUAUAAGAUAGACUCCGUCAAAAAGUACUUGACACCUCUCCUGAACAUAGCUAACUGUCAUAUGGUGGAGUUCAUCACUCAGAACCACUGGGAUACUUUACUGCCAGCCUCCCUGAGGGAAUCACUUGAGGGUACUGAGCUUAAUGAUGCUGUUGAACAGUUUUGGUGUGCAGCCACAAGUCAAAGGGUUAAAGACACCUCAUGCCUCUCAGAAUGGGUCGUAAAUGCCCGUUCUCAUUGCCUGUCAGUCAACAAUGAAUACUGCUUAUCUGCCGAACAACUGCAAAGUCGCAUCAAAUCCUGGGGCGGUGAUAUACUGCCAGAGGUUAGGGUGAAGGAGUUCAUGACCAGCAAAAAAAGUUAUGAGGUCCAGACCAUGUCCCGCCUGGUAGCGUCGCUGCAGCCGUGUUGCGGCAGCAGCUGCUGCGUGGAGGCGGGCGGCGGGCGCGGCGCGCUGCCCGUGGCGCUGUGCCUGGCCUACCGCCUGCCCAGCCUCACCGUCGACUGUGAUGCGGCUGCCGUAGCUAAUGCUCCAGCCAGGAUCCUCAUCAUACAGAAACAAUGGCACGCCAUAGCGAAACGUAUAAAAGACGGCAACGAGGAGCGCAUGAACGAGAGCAUCAAAAAGAACCUGCACCGCUUCGCCGCCGCCUUCAUCACGCACCGGACUGACUUGCUCGGUAUCGUCAGGGAUAAGUUCCCUGAGUUUGACGGGCAAGAUGUCAAACUACUUCUAACUGGUCUUCACACAUGCGGUAAUCUUGGUCCGGACUCUCUUCGUAUCUUCACGACUCAGCCGUCAACGGCCGCAGUAUUCAACGUGCCCUGCUGUUACCAUCUGCUCACCGAAGCUAUAGAUGUCAAUGUAUUUGAUGUCUUCCAGAGGGACCAUGGUUGUGGGCCAGUCGAGACUAGUCAGGGCUUCCCUAUGUCUGAGUAUUUAAGAGGAUAUAAUCUAGGCCGAAAUGCAAGGAUGUUAGCUGCUCAAUCUAUAGACCGAGUUGUAGAUCAAAAGCAGUUGCCUUCAAAAAGUUUGUUAUACAGAGCAAUGUUGCAGUCGAUUAUUGAAGAACAACUACCAACCCACAAAAUAUCAGAAGGCAAACUGAAAAGGAUAACGCCCAAAUGUCAAACAUUCCAAGAAUAUUUCAAGAUGGCGGAUGAGAUUUUAAAGUUAGAACUGUAUGACAGUUUACCAGACAGUUAUUUCACAGAUAUACAAAGAAACUUGGAUUGCCAGUGGAAAAAACUUGUAAUGUUUUAUUUAUUAAGGCUUUGCUUAGCACAAGUAAUAGAAAGUUUAAUAUUGUUAGAUAGACUGAUGUUUCUGUUUGAAAAUGGUUUUGAUAAAUGUUAUUUGGUUAAGUUGUUUGAUCCUGUUCUGUCGCCAAGAUGUCAUAGUAUUGUUGCAGUAAGAUAGAAAUAUAUUAAUUAUUAUGUUAAUGAGUACAAUGAUGUAUAUUUACUACGGUUUUUAUUAAUAAAACGAUAAAACUUG